UUUUUCAUUUCAGGUUUAAGUUUAUCUAUUCAUGGGGCUGAAAAGCGUUUGCAAAUCCAUCAACGGCGAAGUGUGGCAAGCCGCCCUGGGUCACGUGGUCGCUUGCCUGUGGUCAGGCAUUCCUCACUCCCACCAGGUAGAAGGUCAUUAAACAUGGAGGCAAGUUCUUCAGGAAUCACUAAUGGAAAAACCAAAGUUUUCCACCCAGAAGGAGGUGUGGAUUUGCAAGGCUACGAGCUGGACAUGCAAACACUACCUGACGAUCCAAAGAGUGAUGUGGACUUUUCAGAGAUUCUUAAUGCAAUACAAGAAAUGGCCAAGGAUGUCAAUAUCCUUUUUGAUGAAUUAGAAGCUGUGAAUAGUCCUUGCAAAGAUGACGAUUCGCUCCUUCACCCUGGAAACCUGACCAGUACUUCAGAUGAUGCCAGCAGAUUGGAAGCAGGGGGAGAGACAGUGCCAGAAAGAAACAAAUCCAAUGGACUUUACUUUAGAGAUGGAAAAGGUCGAAUUGACUACAUUCUUGUGUACAGGAAAUCCAACCCUCAGACUGAAAAGAGAGAAAUAUUUGAAAGAAAUAUUAGAGCGGAAGGAUUACAAAUGGAGAAAGAGUCUUCUCUAAUAAAUAGUGACAUUAUCUUUGUGAAGUUGCAUGCCCCAUGGGAAGUACUUGGAAGAUAUGCAGAACAAAUGAAUGUAAGAAUGCCUUUCAGGAGAAAAAUCUAUUACCUGCCCCGCCGGUACAAGUUCAUGAGCAGGAUCGAUAAACAAAUCAGCAGGUUUCGGAGAUGGUUACCUAAGAAGCCCAUGAGGCUGGACAAGGAGACACUGCCAGACCUGGAGGAGAACGACUGCUACACUGCCCCUUUCAGCCAACAAAGGAUCCAUCACUUCAUCAUACACAACAAGGAUACUUUCUUCAACAAUGCCACAAGAAGUAGAAUCGUACAUCAUAUAUUACAAAGAAUAAAGUAUGAAGAAGGAAAAAACAAAAUUGGUCUGAAUCGGCUGCUCACCAAUGGCUCCUAUGAAGCUGCAUUUCCCUUGCACGAGGGGAGUUACAGAAGUAAAAACUCCAUUCGAACCCACGGAGCAGUAAACCACCGACACCUGCUGUACGAGUGCUGGGCUUCCUGGGGCGUAUGGUAUAAAUACCAGCCUUUGGACCUUGUGAGGCGGUACUUUGGAGAGAAGAUUGGACUCUAUUUUGCGUGGUUGGGCUGGUAUACUGGCAUGCUCUUCCCAGCUGCCUUCAUUGGACUGUUCGUCUUUUUGUAUGGAGUCACCACUCUGGAUCACUGCCAAGUCAGUAAAGAAGUCUGCCAAGCUACAGAUAUCAUCAUGUGUCCUGUGUGCGAUAAGUACUGUCCAUUCAUGAGGCUGUCAGACAGCUGUGUCUAUGCCAAGGUGACCCACCUUUUUGACAACGGAGCCACUGUCUUCUUUGCGGUUUUCAUGGCAGUCUGGGCGACAGUUUUCUUGGAAUUUUGGAAAAGACGGCGAGCAGUCAUUGCUUACGACUGGGACUUGAUAGACUGGGAAGAGGAGGAGGAGGAAAUCCGACCUCAGUUUGAAGCCAAGUAUUCCAAGAAGGAGCGGAUGAAUCCCAUUUCAGGAAAGCCGGAACCUUACCAAGCGUUUGCAGACAAGUGCAGCAGACUUAUCGUUUCUGCAUCUGGGAUCUUUUUUAUGAUCUGUGUGGUCAUCGCUGCCGUGUUCGGGAUCGUCAUUUACCGGGUGGUGACCGUCAGCACUUUCGCAGCCUUCAAGUGGGCGCUCAUCAGGAAUAACUCUCAGGUUGCAACCACAGGGACUGCCGUGUGCAUCAACUUUUGUAUCAUUAUGUUGCUGAACGUGCUCUAUGAAAAAGUUGCACUGCUUCUGACAAAUUUAGAACAGCCUCGCACAGAGUCCGAGUGGGAGAACAGCUUCACCCUGAAAAUGUUUCUUUUUCAGUUCGUCAAUCUGAACAGCUCCACGUUUUACAUCGCGUUCUUCCUUGGAAGAUUCACAGGACACCCAGGUGCCUACUUGAGGCUGAUAAACAGGUGGAGACUGGAAGAGUGCCACCCUAGUGGAUGCCUUAUUGAUCUCUGUAUGCAAAUGGGUAUUAUAAUGGUGCUAAAGCAGACCUGGAAUAAUUUCAUGGAACUUGGCUACCCGUUAAUUCAGAAUUGGUGGACUAGAAGGAAAGUGCGACAAGAACACGGACCAGAGAGGAAAAUAAAUUUCCCACAAUGGGAAAAGGACUACAACCUUCAGCCGAUGAAUGCCUAUGGACUCUUCGAUGAAUACUUAGAAAUGAUUCUUCAGUUUGGCUUCACAACUAUCUUUGUGGCAGCUUUUCCCCUCGCACCACUCCUGGCCUUACUGAAUAACAUAAUUGAAAUUCGACUUGAUGCUUACAAAUUUGUCACACAGUGGAGGCGACCUUUAGCUUCCAGGGCCAAGGAUAUUGGAAUUUGGUAUGGAAUUCUUGAAGGCAUUGGAAUUCUUUCAGUUAUUACAAAUGCAUUUGUCAUAGCGAUAACAUCUGACUUUAUUCCUCGAUUGGUAUAUGCUUAUAAGUAUGGACCUUGUGCAGGCCAAGGAGAAGCUGGACAAAAGUGCAUGGUUGGUUAUGUGAACGCCAGCUUGUCUGUGUUUCGAAUUUCUGACUUUGAGAACCGAUCUGAGCCUGAAUCCGAUGGCAGUGAGUUUUCGGGGACGCCUCUCAAAUACUGCAGAUACCGGGACUACCGGGACCCACCUCAUUCACUGGUACCCUACGGCUAUACGCUACAGUUUUGGCACGUGCUGGCAGCUCGCCUGGCUUUCAUCAUCGUGUUUGAGCACCUCGUAUUUUGUAUAAAGCACCUCAUUUCAUAUCUGAUCCCAGACCUUCCAAAAGACCUAAGGGAUCGUAUGAGAAGAGAGAAGUACUUGAUUCAGGAGAUGAUGUAUGAAGCAGAACUGGAACGUCUCCAAAAGGAACGAAAGGAGAGGAAGAAAAAUGGGAAAGCACACCACAAUGAGUGGCCAUGAUGGGGGAGGUAGCAGUUCAUUUCCAGGCCAAGGACCAGAAUUUCGUUUACUUCUCCUGGCUGUGCAAAAGCACAUUCAAGUGACUAAAAAAAUGCAACCGCAGUGCAUGUUGCAUACACGGGCAGCAGCAGGUGGGUCGGCAUCCAGUGGAGGGCUGACAGACUGGUGGUGGAGUCGCGCUGCUGUGAAACCAUGUUGCAGUCCAGCACACAACUGCUAUCUAUCCAUAGUCCAUUCUUGACCAAGCAAGCAUGCACGUUAUGGGCAGUUACAUCCUCAAGUUUUUAAAAUCAAGGGAAACUUGUAUACUGGGCCUGUUUUUCAGCCUGUUUGCUACCUUUUUUGC